AUGGAAUCUUACAUAUCAGUUACUGCACAUAGCAUAACUAAAAACUGGAAAAUAGUCAAAUAUAUUAUUACAACUGAAUUAAUGGAUGAGCGGCAUACCAGCAUAAAUUUAAAAGACAAAUUAGUUGAUAUUAUGAAGGAAUGGGAAAUUGAUACAAAAACUAUAUGUAUUGUGCAUGACAAUGCGGUAAAUAUUAAGAAUGCCGUUACUGCAAUGGCUCCAAACAUUAAAAGUAGGACAUGUUUCGCUCAUUCAUUACAGUUAUGUGUCAACAAAGGCUUGGAAGAAAAUGAAAUAAAACAAAUACUAAUUACUGCAUCUUCAAUCGUUUCACAUUUCAAACACUCAACAGUAGCAAUCAAAGCACUCCAAGUAGUACAGAAAAAAUUAAAAAUGCCAGAAAAAAUAUUAAUUCAAUCUGUUAAAACUAGAUGGAAUUCGAUUUAUGCAAUGGUUGAACGACUUAUUGAGUCUCGACAAUGUAUAAGCAUAGUUUUAAAUGAUCGUAAUUUCACUACUAGGUCAACAGCAAUAUCACUGGAACUCAGCGAAAGUAAAUGGGAGCUAUUGGAGCAGUUAGUAAAAGUGCUCAAGCCUUUCGAUCUUGUUACUAAAGUCAUGUCAUCUGCAACAACUCCAACAAUAUCAACUGUACAUCCUAUUUUAAAAAGCAUUGCCCAACACUAUUUGACUCCCAACGAAUCUGACCUACAUAAAAUUAAAAUAUUAAAAGAAACAUUGUCACAAGAGUUCAAAGCAAGAUUUUUUAGUCAAAUGCACAAUUUUAUUAUGCAUCGAUUAAAUUAUGAAGAGUCUUCAGUUAAUGAUUCUAUUAAUCAGCCAAGCUCCAUGGUAUCUGCUUUAGAUAUUUUAUUUCCCCAAAAUGACAGUGGUGAAGAUGUCAAUCAACAAAAUGAGCUUGAAAAAUAUUUAAAAGAAAAUUGUAUCAACAAAAAUGCUUGUCCAUUAACAUGGUUGGCUGAAAAUAGCAAAAGAUACCCAAUGAUUUCAAAACUUGCCAAAAAAUAUUUAUGUAUACCAUCAACAUCUAAUCCGUCUAAAAGAGCUUUUUCCACUGCAGGAAACAUUAUAACUUCAAAAAGAAAUUGUCUGGCUGGUGAAACAGUCAAAUGGUUAAUAUUUCUUUCACAUAAUGCUAAAUUAUAA